AUGGCGCAGGCUUCAAUGACAUCGUACCAGCCCAGUUCGAGCACUCACAACCGAUCCAUGGAGGCACGUGUUGGAAGGACAAAACAACGCUACGGUCCAGACGGCUCCCGCCUCGUCGCCGGAAUUGUUCCCCUCAACAGCGACAAAACCAAAGUUCUGAUCAUUGAAUCCACCCGAAAACCUAACUGCUGGGUCCUCCCGAAAGGCGGUUGGGAAACCGAUGAAGAAAACGCCGAAACCGCAGCUCAACGAGAAGCAUGGGAGGAAGCCGGUAUCACCGGAAAAGUCACAAAGGCCCUGGGUCAAAUCCGAGAUAACAGGACGACAGCAAAGGCCAUCUAUCUCUUUUUUGAGAUGAAGGUCGAGGAGGAGUUGACAGAAUGGCCGGAAAUGAAGAAAAGGAAACGAAAGUGGGUUGCCUAUAAGGAGGCUGCCGAAAAAUUCGGAAGCAGAUCUGAGAUGCUGGAUGCGCUAGAGCGAUCAAGUAUCAAGAGGUAG